AUGAACCUGACGAAUGGUGCGGCCGCCUUGGCCGCGGCGGGGGCCGGCGGUGGGGGAGGGACAGCUGCGGGAGCUUUUCCCCUCGCUUCGGCGUCGGCAGCGGCGGCGGCGGCGGCGGCGGCAUCGAUGUUGACCACGGUGGAAGAGCCCUCAGCGGCCAUGGUCGCUCGUGAGUAUCCUCUACGAUGGAGAGGCACCUCUAGAGAGAACUGCAGGCCACGUCUUCUGAUGCUCUUCCGCCAUGGAUGGCAUCGAAAUAUAUACAGACCCAGGAGGCGAUCUAGUUACAGCAUCCCUUCCCCGGAGAGUUGUUGCCAUGGUGGUGCAGUUUGGCAGGUUGGAACGGGGAGCAGUUUGCUAGCUCCAUGGAGCUCACAGUUCAUAUCCAUUGGACAUCACAUGAGAUAUAGAGAGAUGACACAGAGAGAGAGAGAGAGAACAGUUGUUGCACCUGUGCGACUACUGUUGAAUAAAGCAAGUGUAAUAAUCUGGAGGCACCGGGCCUACCACUAAUGGGCCACCGGGCCUACAGCGAGUUUCAAAUUUAUCUCCGGCCGUAUAAUCUUGGCCCAUUUUAAGACGCCCAUAAACAGAAAAAGAGAGAAACUUUUCCGGCCCAAUUGCCAGCAGAAACGUUUGACAUCAACCCCGCGCGGCUGCUAGAUAUGAGAUGAGAGGAGCUUCUCCUCGCCGGCGAGUUGACCAUAAAGCAGGACAACGACAGAGGUGUGGUCAGCGCGGGGAGGGAGGGAGCGAUCAGGAUUGGGAGGCUAGGGUUUCAAAUUGUUCCCAAGGCAGCAACAGGCAGUCCAACGGCUAGGGCAAUAGUGAGUCCCAUUUCUGGGCAUGGAGUUCGGCGCAUGCCUCACGUCCUCGAGCAGCAGGUGUAGUAGUGGGGCCUGCGCCCGCGGUAUCUACGAACGGUGGUCGGUUCCGCAUGUUUGCAGGACGAUCCAGUGCCGACCAUCCAGCGGUUUCCCCUCGUGGGUCUCUUCCCUAGGCGUGCUCCGUUGCAGGGUUUCGACGGAUGAUUCCAGGGCUUCUGCUCCCGCCGAGGUAAAAGCUUGCGUGAUCGUUCUCUUCUACCGUCGUUCUGUGGGUUGCUGUGGUUGUCAUGUAAUGAUUGGAAUUUGAUUUUGUGGUUGUUCUGGCGUCUCAGGCAAUGAGGAAUGGAGUCGGUAAGUUCCCUGACCUCGAUAUCUGCAGCUUGACGGCUGUAUCGCCUCUGGAUGGCCGGUACGAGCAGAAGGUUAGGGAUCUCCGGCCUUUCUUCAGCGAGUAUGGGCUAAUACGGUACCGUGUCAUAGUCGAGGUACUACUUGAAGCAAGCCAUAUAUUUAGCUGCAUAGUUGCUUGAAGUCAUUGCUGCCUUGGUGCUUGAAGUCAUUCUGGGCUUAUCUAUGCUUGCACAGCUCGCACGACGCUUCCAUGCCUGUACGUUUCUUUUCUGUUUACUCGGAUCAAACAGUGCUCUGCGAAGUUGUCGGACAUUGGGGACAACAUGGUUUCCAGUGACGGUGGCAUUAGAUCUAUCUUUUAACUGAUAUAAAAUGUCUGAAAUUUUUGUUUUAUUCGACUUUGGAAACUCCUUGAUUCCGUACUCUCAUGGUAGGGCUAAAUGUAACAUCCAUGAAUUAUCAAUGCGUCAUUUACUGCGUCUCAUUUCUAUGGAAUUCGGUGUGAGCCUGUUCAUGGGCUGUCUGGCGUCGUGUACUGGCUGAAAUAUUGCUUUGUUAAACCUUUGAAACUAAUGAAGAUCACUGUCUAGUUCUCAUGGUGAAGAUUUUGCUAAGACUAUAUCGGAUUACCUUAUGGUACUGGGCUGCUCUAAAAGUUCUAUUUUAUUGCUUCUUGUCGUAUUUACAUGUGUUUUUUAGAUUCACUGUGAUAUGAUCAUCUUUUAGGUCAUGUGGCUGCUGAAACUAUCUGAAAUUCCUGAAAUCACUGAGGUGCCAAGCUUCAGUGCGGAUGCUCGCUCGUUUUUGGAUCAAGUAAUGUACGGCUUUGACCUAAAUGACGCUUUGGACGUGAAAAAUAUUGAGAAAGUGACGAAUCAUGAUGUCAAAGCGGUGGAGUAUUUCCUGAAAAAGAAAUGUCAGCACCACCCAGAGAUUGCCAAGGUUUCUGUCGUCCAGCUCUCUUGAACUUUCUUUUGGCUUCAUGAAUUGUGUGUGCCCACAGUACCCAACUCGAGAUUAAUUAUUAUCCGCGGCUGGCUUCGAAUGGUUCACCCACUGAUGCCUCCUGCAUAGAGUUUCUGUAUCCUUAACCUCUCGGGUUUUGGCCAGCCGUCAGACUCUGCAGGACAGCUUGUUCUUGUCUGUUGGCCCAGGUAGAGGCCCUUGUCCUGCACAACUGAUCAGCCCAAAGGCUUUGGAUGAGUCUGUGGGCUGAUGAUAAGACGUAAAAAGAGUUCUUGAGAGAGCCUAAGAAAUCUCCUCCUUUAUAAGCAGAUGAGUUGAUCUCAGAUUGUCUUAUGUUUUUUGCAUUUCUGUGAACUAAAAUGUUUCUAUUUUCCGUCAGGUGCUUGAAUACUUCCAUUUUGCUUGCACAUCAGAAGAUAUCAACAAUCUUGCCCAUGCGUUGGCUUUGAAGGAAGCUCUCAAUAAUGUCAUAUUCCCCACCAUGGUUGAGCUAUGUAAAGCGAUAUACAACAUGGCUAAGCAAAAUGCGAGUGUUUCUAUGUUAUCACGCACUCAUGGUCAGGUAUUCAAACUAUAUUAACAAUGUUUUCCAUGUUUUCAAGAGUCCCUAUUUCAUUUUAUGGCGAACAAUCUCCCAUUAUGUUGAAUCCAGCGAAUGAGUUGGAGUCUAUCCAUGACACUGUGAUACUCUUACAGAGCAAUUGGGAAGAUAUGCCUAGUAUAGCUUUAAUCAUUCAUGUAUCCAUUUCCGUCCCCAUUUGCCGACUGUCUAGAUUCUGUGGUUUAGUUUACCUUUCUGAUGUUUUUGUACGAAUCAGUACACUUCAACCGGAAUCUGAUCUCAAGUGGACCUAAAUUAGCCUUUUGAGCUCAGCCAAUGUACAUAAACAGAUAGCAAUGAUCGGUAGAAAUCACCUCUGCCUUUCACAUAUGACCUCAAAAUGUAUGGUUUAUAUACCUGGAAAAUAAUCUAGGAGAUGCAACUAGAGUAAAAUGCGAAAGACAUCUUUCUAUAAACAGAAUGCUGUUCUUCCUUCAAGUGUGAGAAGGUAGUAGCGUUCUGUUUGUUUUGUUUCACUUACAUCGGUUGAAUGGCUCAUUUCAAAGUUGCUGGAGUUUCUCGCUCAUUCAUUGGUGUAUAGUCUAUUUAUGCAAUUCUGAAAAAAAUUCUGACUAACUUCGAAUGUCUUCAACAGCGUCUGAUUUAUUCUUCCUGCCUUCUGUAGACUGCUUCACCUACUACUUUGGGGAAGGAAAUGUUGGUUUUCGCUCAUAGGCUAAGCGAACAGGGCAAGGAGUUCCCAAAAAUUCAGAUACUGGGUAAAUUUGCUGGUGCCGUUGGAAACUACAAUGCCCACAUGGCUGCAUACCCUGAUAUUGAUUGGACCACCGUUUCAAAGGACUUUGUGACAUCCUUCGGCAUUAGUUUCAAUCCCUAUGUGACCCAGGUUUCUUUUUCUUUGCUCUUCCCUCGUCGAAAUUAUCAUUUUUUUCCCUUUCUCUGCUUCAUUUCUUUUAGUAUUAUACAUCGUUUUUCUGGCACAAAAAGCUUGGUUAGAAAUUUUUGACAAGAAAAAUGCUCUUUACCCUUUUAAGAAUUCUAUAAUUUCUUCUACUUGAAUUCAUUCGACUUAUUUUAGACCAAUUGCUUGAUUUAUCAUAUUUACUAUUCUACUAAAAGAAUCGUCAUGCUUUGCACCUGCAGAUUGAGCCUCAUGAUUACAUCGCAAGACUUUUCCAAGCAUUUGCCCUGUUCAACAACAUUUUGGUCGAUUUUGACAGAGAUAUAUGGAGCUACGUGUCAUUAGGCUACUUUAAGCAGGUUUCUUUGCGUUGAUUCCUUCCCACCAGUUGAAUUCUAGCUUUGUUCAGGAGAUGAACUGCACAGAUAUUUUCCAAAGUGGGCUGGAAAUUAUCUCGUUUGAGUCUUUGGGACAUAAGGGGGACCUCCUUUUCUUCUUAUUAUUUGCAGAUUGUAAAGGCUGGAGAAAUCGGUUCUUCAACUAUGCCUCACAAAGUAAACCCUAUAGAUUUUGAGAACAGCGAGGGCAACCUUUCUCUGGCCAAUGCUCUGUUGUCGGGGAUUAGUGGGAAGUUGGUCAUUUCUCGAUGGCAGGUAUACAUUCUCUGCUAUGUUCGGGAUGACACAUGAACCUGCAAUUUUUUUUUUCUACAAUGGAAUUCUAUUCCUUGUUCUAUUUAAACUAUCGAUCUACCCAUUCUUUUUCUAUUUAUAAUAUUGACCGACCAUUUUUUUAUCUAUGUUGUUGUUGUUGACAGCAUAGCCCGACAGAUUUUUAUCUAUAAUAUGAAUCUACUCAUUUCUAUUUAUAAUAUUGACCGACCAUUUUUUAUAUAUAUUUUUAGUUUUUAUUCAUAGCAUUGACCUGCCCGAUUUUUUAUUUAUUUGUAGUUUAUAUUAUCUUUUCUUUGUUUUAUUAUUGUUGGCAGCGCGACCUGACAGAUUCGACUGUUUUGAGGAAUUUGGGUGUGGGCCUUGGCUACUCUCUUCUUGCUUAUAAAAGUGCUCUCCAAGGAAUCCGAAAGCUGCAGGUAGGCCAUGGAUCUACGUCAUGAGGUUCUUGAAAUGGUCUUUAAGACUUUUCUGGGUCAACGUAUCGAAAUAUUGGAAUAAUAUUUAACCGGAAUCACCAUCGGCAUUAUCGAACCAGCUAAGAAUUUUUAUUCGAGUUCAUGGGCUAUGAUCACGUGAAAAAUAUGGACCAUCUCCUUCAGUUUGAUCGAUCAUGGCUGCAGGUAAAUGAAUCCCGUUUGACCGAAGACUUGGAGCAGUCUUGGGAGGUGCUCGCUGAACCCAUACAGACAGUGCGUACUUUCCGUCCCCUUCUCUUUGACCUGUCUGAAAGCUUCGAAUUAAUUCAUGUUUUAUCAUUCCUUGAUCUUCGUUUUAUUCGGGGUUUGACUUCUUGUCCAUUUCUGUAGGUGAUGCGGAGAUAUGGAAUUCCUGAGCCGUACGAGAGGCUCAAGGAGUUGACCAGAGGGCAGUCAGUGACCAAGGAGAGGAUCAGGGACUUUGUGGAGGGCCUGGAGUUACCCGAGGAAGCAAAAUCCGGUCUUUUAAGUCUGACUCCGCAGGCUUACGUUGGAGCUGCGGCGGGAUUGGUCAACGCGGUUAACCCAGAUGUGAGUUUGUCAGAUGGGUUCAAGGUUUUGUGA